UCAUAAUUAAAAAAACAAGAGUCGCAGCCUCUGUAUUUCUUGACUCUGUGUAUGUGAUAGUUAUAGUGGGCAAAAUAGCUGGCAGGUUAAUAAAUUGCUCUUUGUGCUUUCAAAUGACUGCUGCCGCCGCCAACAACAGACAGCCGCUCACAACCGAAAUAUUAUUCACUAGUUCAUUUGUGAUGUAACUGCCAGACGAAGACAGCCUCUGGGAAGCAGUUAGACACCGCCUUUGGUACACUGCCAUCCCUGUAAUUAUAACCAAGCUUUAGCUGUGCUCUUAUGUCUCGUCCAGCCGGCAGGAAUCCACGAAGAAAUAUCAAAAGAUGUCCGGUGCUGCCAACGGUCGCUUCAUGUAUUUCGCUUUUGGGAGCAACUUGUUGAAGGAAAGACUGCACCUGGCAAACCCCUCGGCGAUAUUUUGCUCUACCGGCCGACUGAAGGACUAUGAGUUGAAUUUUGGCCUGUGGGAGAAACAUGCGGACAACACUUGGCAUGGUGGAGUGGCCACCAUUGAGUCCCGUCCUGGCGCAGAAGUGUGGGGGGUAAUCUGGACUUUGAGCAACGAAAACCUCGGCAGCCUAGACAACCAGGAAGGGGUGAGCCUGGGAAAGUACUCUCCACUGGAGGUUUCAGUGGAGACUGACAAAGGAAUGAUGCGCUGCAGGACUUAUCAGAUGAACAAUUUCCAUGCCUGUCCUCCCUCUCCUCAGUACAAACAGGUGGUGUGUCUGGGUGCAGAGCAGAACGGACUCCCGGUGCACUACUUGAAGUGGCUGCAGGCCAUUCAAACCAACAGCUACAGCGGCCCCUCAGUCCUUGAUCAAAUCAGACCAGUUAUGAAAUAGAGAUUAAAUGUUCAGUUGACAAAAACCUUGUGUUUUUGUCACGUUAAGUAUUUUGACCAAAGAAAAAGGUCCACUUACUAGCAGUUUCCAGAGCUUUCAAUCGCAUUUCACUGUCUUCAUUAUUACCUUAAUCAAGUAUUAAUAAUAUAAUGAUAGCAAUUAAAUGAUACUACUGUAAUAUGUAAUGGUGAUGAAGACUGUGGGAUUCAGUUAACAGAAUGUGGAAAAAGCUAGUAACUGGACCUUGAGUUAAGAUUUUCUAUUUCUAAGGUCAAGACUGAGAAACUGUCAGUUAUUAAAUUCAACUGGCACCACUGCAGCCAGAAGCUAAUAACGGACACACUUAAUGAUGAGACGUUUUGCUGGACCCAACAGAAACCUUAUCUUUUAUUUCAAGCUGCUAUCAAGCAAUUAAGUUGAGAAAUAUGUUGACAAAUGUAUUGAUUUUUUUUAAGCCAUCAAAAUGGACUAAAAUGUAUGUGGCAGGCAGAAAAUUGUAUCAUUUCAGAAUUUCUCAGGGGAACAUUAAACACCCUUAAGACUCCA